AUGGCUGAAGUCGCAGAUACACCCGGUUCUCUGGAGCCGCAGGCCCGACACAUCGUAUACUGUGGAGUAUGCACUCUACCGCCCGAGUAUUGCGAGUUCGGCGGCACCGCGAAGAAAUGCGAAGAAUGGCUCGAGGCGAAACAGCCUGAUCUUUGGACAAGAUUAUACUCAGAGGACGCAGUAACAGCCAACCUCUCAACCCUUUCCCUCUCAGCCCAAGAACGCGCCGCCAAAGACGCCGCCAAAAAAGAAGCCCGCGCCGCCCAAUCCGAAGCCCGCGACGCCGAACGCAAAGCCGCCUCAAAGAUCCAAAUCAAGCGCGUCGAGCGCAACAAACGCAAACACGUCACCGUCCUCGUCGGCCUCGAAGUCUUCGGUCUAGAAAAUAAGAAAAUCGCCAAGGAUCUCGGUAAGAAGUUUGCUACGGGGUCGUCUAUGACACGCUCCGCCGCGGGGACGGAGGAGAUUACCGUUCAGGGAGAUGUUAGUGAGGAGAUUCGGGAGUGGUUGCUUGAGGUGCAUGGGGAUAAGGUUCCUAAGGGGAAUAUUGAGUUGAUUGAGGAUAAGAAGAAGAAGAAGGCUGAUGCUGCGGCGGGUUUAGCCUGA